CAGCUAUGGAUCGAGACGCGAUGUGGCGACUUGUACGGGUGCUUGUGCUACAAAUUUUGGUGAUUCGGGGCGUGCGGGGGGCAUGCAAUCGAAUCCCGCAAGGAGCCAGCGGCGAACGGUCCGCUGUCGAUGAAAACUUUCGGAUUUUGAUCGAUGGAAAUCCAGCGACCUACGUACCCGAGCAUCAGUACAAUGUGUCGCUUUCCUGUCCCAUCAAUUUAAAAUUCGUGAGCUUCACGCUGGUCAUCGAGAGCGAGGAUCAGGCGGUGGCCUUCAAUGGACUGGACAUGACCGGGCACUUUGAGCUCCUGGGCUCCCCGGAUACCAGAUUCAGCGUCGGCUGCGAGAACAUGGUCGAGAGCACCAACACCAACGCCAAGACCCAUAUUGAAGUCUCCUGGGUGGCUCCAAAGUCUCCCGAAAGCGGCUGUGUCCUCAUCAAGGCGGGGGUAGUGCAGCAACGUGAUGUAUGGUUCAUUGAUGAAGGCUUCCUCACCAAACGCGUCUGCCCUGAGGAAAUUGACGAGCUGAACAGCAUGACGCCGCCACUCCAAAACUGUUGUGCCUGCGAUGAGGCCAAGUACGAGAUCGUCCUAGAGCGCAAGUGGACCAGGAACACGCAUUCCAAGGACUUCCCAGUCGAGGCCUGGCGCACACGCUUGGGCGAGGUGAUUGGCGCCUCGCACAGAAAUGAAUACCGCUACUGGGCCUACGGAGGACGAGCCAGCCUGGGCAUGCGCGAGAUGGCCGAGCAUGGCGCCACCCGUACCCUGGAGCAGGAGAUCCGAGACAACACCCAAAAUGGCGCUGUGCGUACCAUCAUCAAAGCCCCGGGCAUCCCUCAUCGUUUGAAUGCCUUUGGCUCCACGUUGGCCAAUGCUCGGGUGGAUCCGGCUCAUCAUCAAAUCUCGCUGGCUGCCAAAAUCGAUCCAUCGCCCGAUUGGAUACUGGGUGUGGCGGGUCUGGAGCUGUGCCUCAGCAAUUGCACGUGGCUGAAGCGAAAGGUAUUGAACUUGUACCCCUGGGACAUUGGCACCGAUUCUGGACCCUCAUAUAUGUCUCCCGAUCAGCCACAGGUUCCACCAGAUGUGAUACGACGUAUAACUUCUUCGUAUCCCAGCGAUUACCGUUCGCCAUUCUUCGACGAUACGGGCGCCUCAAUGAAGCCCCUGGCCACGCUCUACCUGACCAGGAAGAAACUCUACAUUCGCGAGUGCGAGGAGGUAUCGCAAGGUGGACGGGCGCCCUUGGAAUGCGCCGUACAUCCUUGGAACGAUUGGAGUAACUGCAGCACCCGCUGUGGUCAGGGCUAUACCCAGCGCAUUCGCAGCUACAAGAAUCCCAACCUAGCGGCCAAUUACAACUGCGUUAUUCAGCUGGAGGAGAUUCGCCAGUGUCAAGGCACCCAGUGCGGUCAGGGGGAGGAAGAGUACGCCAUUGCGGGUCCCGGUGUGGAUGUGGGCUUGGGUUUGGGUGGUGAGGGUGCGACAGGCACUGGCUCCAUGGCCGAGUGUCAGCUGAGCAACUGGAGUGAGUGGUCGCCAUGCUCAAAAACAUGUGGCCGAGGCAUCUCCACGCGGACCCGCGACUACUACAAUCCACAGGCGAGGCCGCGAUGUCUGACGGUCAUGCGACUUCCCCUGGAGGAGACAAGGCAGUGUCUGGGCUCGGACUGUGGCGGAACCAUACCCGACAACGGGGAGCUCGAUGGUUUGCCGGAGCCAGAGCUAUUCGGCGAACCCAAUCAGACACCCAACUGGAACACUAAUAGUCACAAUAACAGGCUGGAUAGUCCGUAUGGAGGAUCAGCUAAUCAAGGAUGGAACAGAAAGGGUUUCAGCCCCGCUGAGAAUGACAAUGCUUUUGGCAGGUCAUCGUACGGUUCUGCGGAUAGAUCGCAGGAAACCAACGCGCCCUUUGGCCAGACGGACAGCCAGCAACGAUCACCGUUUGAUCCAACCGACAGUCGACGGGGCUAUAACACAAAUCGCCAGCCACUCGAUCAAGAGCGGCCCAACUAUAAUACCUACGGCAGUGAGAAAAUGCUGGGUAACAGACCCGGGAGUAGCUACAGUGAUUACAACCUCGGAUACAACAGCAAUGAUUACACCACCCCUAACCUGAGGCCGGGCCUUGGCUUCACCACUAGAUCUCCCUACGCAGGACGCUAUCCCAGUCGCCAGCAGGACAUCGCUGAGCCGCCGAGCAGCAGCGGCAGCAGCGGCAACAGCAACUACAAUGUGGUCCAGGACUACUGCUUCGAGAAACCCAUUGCCUCCACUCGUCCUUGCCUGGCCAAUCCGGUGGUUGUAAGCAACUACUGGUUCUACGACCACGAUGACCACGAGUGCAAGAUCUUCACCACGGACAACUGCGAUGAGAACAAGAACCGUUUCCGUUCGCUGAUGGCCUGUGAGGGUACAUGUCUGCAGCCCCAGAUGAACGUGGAGCGUAGCGAAAAUGAAUCCAUGGAUCUAUAUGGCGGGGGAGCUUACGCCCAGACCGGGGGAUCCUAUGCCCAGACAGGCGAAGCUUAUGGCGCUGCUCGAUUCGGCGAAGCGAUAGGGGAUAUAGGUGAGCCGCUGUCACACACACGGAACACAUACGAUCCGUACAGGACGGGUCGUUAUGGCAGCUGAAGAGUGGUCGAAUUGCUUAAUAAAGUAUUACGAUGAAUAA